AUGGAAAAACUUGGUAUACAUGCAAUAGAGCAGGGCUUCACAACAUACGUGCUCGCGGAGCAAGCUGUGUGGUUCCAGAACCGGCGCGCCAAGUGGCGGCGGCAGGAGAAGAUGGAGGCGGCGCGCCUGGGGUUGGGCGAGCUGCCGGGCGGCUGCGGCGUGCGCGCCGGGGGCGGCGCCGGCGUGGGCGUCGGGGGCGGGCCGAGCCUGGCGCUGCCCGUCGACCCGUGGCUGGCGCCGCCGCUGCUGUCGGCGCUGCCCGGCUUCCUGGCGCACCCGCACACCGGCUACCCCAGCUACCUCACGCCGCCGGAGCCCGCCCCCGCGCCGGCCCCCGCCUCGGCGCCGCGGCCGCCGGACCCGCGCUCCUCGUCCAUCGCCGCGCUGCGCCUCAAGGCCAAGGAGCACGUCGAGUCCAUCUCGAAGGGCCUGCAGAUGGUCUAA